AUGGCUACUAAUCUCCUCUCUUUUCGUCUCGCCGGGAUCUACGCCAGUGGUAUUCCCGGUCGGGCGAAACAGGAUCCCAACAGCCGGAAAAGUAGUGCUCCCCCAUCUUCAUCCGCCAGCUGGUGGACCCCCCUUUUCGGAUGGUCCUCCGAGCCCGAUUACUUUGACUCCGAUGGCAAAACUGAUGUCAAAGUGAAAAGGGAACUCGAAUCGGAAACGGCACAAAAGCCGGCGAGAUCGAAGUUUACCUCGGGAAGCUUCACGGAGGAGAAGGCAAGGCAGCUCCUAAGACUAGUGGGGAAUGAUCUAUCUUAUCAACAUGCUAGUAAAGCCGCUUUACACCAUGAAAAGGAACCUCACAAAUCUAUGAAAGAAAUUGAGGCACAGACUAUUAGAAAUCUUCUCCCUGAUGAAGAGGAUCUCUUCUCUGGAAUUGAGACUUAA